UAUUUUUUUAAUGAAUUAAAUUUUUUAAACAUUCUGAUUCUAUGUUUUUAAUAUAAAUAUAUUAUAUUAUGUUUUAAUAAAAGGUUAUAAUUACUUUUUAAAUAUAUUCGUUAUAAAAAUUUAAAUAAGGUUAAACAUGGAUGAGAUAAUAAUACGUAAAGCAAAACGUGAAGAUUGCAAAGCUAUUAGAAAUUUAAUACAGGAAUUAGCUGAUUUUGAGAAUAUGUCAAAUGAACCUAAAAUUGAUUGUACAAUUUUGGAAACUGAUGGAUUUGAUACAGAACACCCUUUGUUUAUAUGCUAUGUAGCAGAGACUAAUAAACAUAUAAUAGGAUAUACAAUAUUAUAUUACACAUAUUCAACAUGGUAUGGAAAAGCCAUGUAUUUGGAAGAUUUAUAUAUUAUACCUAAUUAUCGAGGAAAACAUAUUGGUAGCAGAUUAUUAAAAACCAUUGCUAAAGAAGCAAUAGACAAUAAUUGUUGCAGAUUGGAUUUUUCAGUUCUUGAAUGGAAUCCUGCACAAGAGUUCUAUAAAAAUAAAGGAGCAAUUAAUAUAACAGCAAAAGAAGGAUGGCAUCAUUAUCGUUUUUCAGAUGAUAAUUUUUCUUAUUUAUUUUCUCCUUCGGAACCAUUAUUUAUUGAUGAUGCUGUUAGUAAAAUUUCUAUUCCAGAAGAACCUUUAAAAGAAGAAGAUACAUUUAUUGAAGAUGAUUCAGAUCUAUUGUCACAUAAUCAGAUGUGUUGGGAAGAAAAUACAUAUAUAUCUUAUGAAAUUAUAUCUGAUUUAACAUCAAUUGCAACAGAUACUUCUUUCAAUUUUGAUCUUCCAUUUUCAUUAUUUGAUGAAAAAGCAAUUACACUAGAUGAAAGGGUUAUAAAAUGUGUAACUGAAAGUAAAUGGAGCUCUCAUGCUUUAGAUUUUACUUUAUGGAAUGAUGAUAAAGCACCUGUUAUAAAAUUAAGAAAUCUUAAGGAUAUAUUAUUUGAUGAUUUAGAAUUCUGUGGGUUUGUUACUGAUAGAUUAAUAGGAAGUGGAAAAUCAUUUUUAACUAAAUCUCCUGAAAUUGGUCUUUACGUAUUAAGUAAAUGUAUUAUGAGAAAUAUGUCACUUUCAAAUAUUACAAUGUUAAGUUAUCAUCGUUAUUUACAAUAUAUUGAUCUUGCAUACAAUUAUAUUUCGAAUUUAUCACCUUUGGAAGGAGUUCCUUAUUUAAUGUAUUUAAAUGUAGCACAUAAUAGAAUGAAUACAAUUUUAAAUUUUUCACCUCCUUGGUAUUUGACAUAUGUAAAUUUAUCAUAUAAUUAUAUAACAAAAAUGUGUGAUAUUAGUGAUUUCUGGAGUAUUGUUCAUUUAGAUUUAUCACAUAAUGCAAUUGAAAUCAUUACUGGUUUGCAAAAUUUGAAAUAUUUGAAAUAUUUAAAUUUAUCAUACAAUUUAAUUGAAUAUAUUGAAAAUUUGGAUAAAUUAAAUAUUCAAGAAUUAAAUUUAGAGGGUAAUUGUAUACUAUCAUUUAAAUGUGCUAUACCUGGUUAUGGUAUAAAUAUUUUAUCCCAUUUGCGAAAAUUAUAUUUAGGAUAUAAUAAAAUAUCUUCUUUAGAAUUUUUAAAGGAUGCAUACAGUUUGCGGGUAAUAGAUUUAAAAUUUAACAGAAUCAAUGAUUUGUUAGAAUUAUUAAAUUUGAAGGGCUUAAUAUAUGAAUUAGAUUUUAGAGGUAAUUAUUGCACAAAAUGGCCUAAUUAUAAAGCUGUACUUCUAUUUUCUUUACCAAGUAUACAAAUUAUUGAUGGUAAUAAUGUAUUUAGUUCAGAAAAGAUUGCUGCUGCAACUUUAUUUACAUCACCAAUAAAUUUAACAGCUGCUCGUACUAUCACAAAAUUAACUUUAUUAGAACAAUUAAGCAUUCCUAAAAUUGACUUACAUGUAACACCAUAUGAUGAAUUGAGUCCACCUUUGAUAAUACUUACGGGUCCAAGUGCAGUAAAAAAAUUGACCUUGGCUCUUCAUAUUGCUCAAACUUUAGCAACAAAAGUCAAAUAUUGUCCAUGGUAUUCAACAAAAAAUUCAGAAAUGGUUAAAACUGAAAAUCCAUAUUAUAUUUUUGUAACUAGAGAAGAAUUUAAUGAUAUGUCUCGUCGUGGAGAAUUUUUAGCAAUUCAAGAAUUAUUGGGACAUAGCUAUGGAUUUCAUCACAGUGAAAUUAUUUCCUUAAAAUUAGAAAAAAAAAUUGGUAUCACACAAACAGAUUUACAUGCAACUAUUCAAAUGAGUAAAAGAUAUUCCAAUAGUAAAGCAAUCCUUGUUCUCACAAAAGAUUUAAAAAUUCAUCAUGAAUGGAUAAAAGAAAAAUUUUAUGUUUACACUAGUACACUACAAGAUAAUACAGAAAAAAAAAAUAGCAAAGAAAAUUUAAUUUCUGAAGAAAAGAUAAUAUCUACAAAAAGUGAAAUAGACUUUAUUAAAGACAUAUUAAAUAAUAUUAUAAAUAAUCUUAACUUAACUCCAAAUAUUACAUCUAUAAAAUAUAUUGAUGAAAUAGAAACUGAUAUUUUAUUUAAAACAUUAUUUAAUAAAAAAACAGAAAUAGAAAAACAGAAUGUAACAGAAAUGGAAAACAAACUAUUACAUGAUAAUAAAUUUCCACAACAAGGACUUUUUUCAGAAUUAAAAAAUUAUGAAAUUUUGUUAAAUGAAAAUAAAGAAUUACGAGUAAUUUUAGAUGAACAGGCAAAUAUUAUAGUAGAAGAUGAAGAAUUAAAACGUAAAAGACAUCAAGCAAAACUUCUGCAACGUCGUGAUACAUUAAUGCAAUUAGAUCCAACUGGGGAGCUAGCACUUAUUGAAUCAAUUUCUAGUGAAGAAUUACUAAUAGAAAUAACACCAGAAAUGGAAGAACCAGAAUAUAUGAAGAAUUUUUAUACAAAAUUAAUAUUGCAAUCAAGAAACAUAUAUAUGGAUCAACAUCUUAAUAAUCCUGGAUUUUUUUCUGUAGUGUUAUUAACAGAUGAAUAUGAUAAAGCAUUUAACACACUUAUUAAUUUUAUUCAUGAAUCCUAUAUAAAUUAUUCUUUUGAAAAAGCUGAAUCUUUAUCUGAAUUUACUCAUUUUUCAAAAGUUGCUUUUACAACAAUGAUUAAUCCUAUUGUCAAUGAGAUAAAAGAGUCUUUAUCAACAUCUAUUAAAAAAAAAACCUUAUUGCGAAUGUAUGGUGUUAAUUCAUGGAAAGAUUUAAUGCCUAGUCAAAAAAGUUCAAUUAAUAUUGAUAAUUAAAUAUAAGGUGCAUGC